CAAUAAAGGUGACCAUAUAUAAAGUAACUUCUCAAUACCAAUUAAAAAAAAAGACAAAAAUAAACUAAUAUAAUUAUUAUAUGACUAAAUCAAAACCUCAAUAAGCUUAAUGACACUUGUUAAAAGAGUAAUUAAUUAUGUAAUUCAAUCUGCCAAGUUGGUCAUAUCCUUCUUUUCAAUUGGUAUUGUCCAAAGCAACCAAACAAAGAAAAAUCGUUCAAUUUUCUUCUUUGUUAAGCUAUAAUAGGAAAGAAGACAACCCGACUCAAAUUCCAGUUAUUCCAAUCAAAGGCAUUUCUUUCUCUGCUUUUGCUUCAGAAUUUGACUUGACUGUCAUAUGAUUGGAUGCUGAUAAAUUUGGUUACUCACAUACCAGCUGCAUUCUUGAUUGCUCUGUCUGAACCAAAGCUAUGCCAAUGGACCUCAGUGAUCUUUGCAAGGUCUGGGAAGUUAAGCCUCUGAAGACGACUGGUGAAAAUGAGGCUCGAAAAAUUCUGGAGAAUGUGGUGAAACAUGUGCAGCCAAUCCUGCGUAAGCAUAAAUGGAAAGUUGAGGUCCUUUCUGAAUUUAGCCCAUCUAAUCCAUCCCACAUGGGAUUGAACAUAGGAGGAGGUGCAGAGAUUAAGCUACGGUUGCGGAGGCCAGAAAGAAAGUGGGAUUUCUUCUCUGAUGAACAGGUGCUUGAUACUAUGCUGCAUGAACUGUGCCACAAUGAACAUGGUCCCCAUAACGCUGACUUCUACAAACUCUUCGAUGAACUUAGACAGGAGUGUGAGGAAUCAAUGGCGAGAGGAACUAAAGGCACUGGGAGAGGAGAUGAUCUGUCUGAAAGACGUAUGGGUGGGUCCUCACAACCACCACCUUUGCCAUUUUUCCGUCAAAAUGCAUUGACUGCUGCUGAAAGAAGAGCACAACAUGGAACUUUGCUGCCAUCGGGACCUAGGAAAAUUGGUGGUAAUAGUAGUACGAUGGCUGACCUCACCCCAGUUCAAGCUGCUGCCAUGGUUUCAGAAAGAAGACUUCGUGAUGAGUUAUGGUGUGGAACCCAAUCCUUGAGGACCAAUGGCCAGGAACCAAGUAAUAAUGCAUUCUCCUCGGUGGAAUCAAGUAACAAUGCAUCCUCCUCAAUGGAAUCAGGCUAUAAUGCAUCAUCCGCAAUGGGAUCAAGUUAUUAUGCAUCCUCCUCAAUGGAAUCUAGUAAUAAUGCAUCUUCCUCAAUGAAAUCUCAACAACCCUUUUCAAGUUUGCAAGCUCAGCCACGUGCGAGUCUGCAAUCUCAUCCACGUGCGAGUCUGCAAUCUCAGCCACCCCAUGGGAAGAUAGAAAGUCAGGGAAGUUGGCAAUGCUCUAUGUGUACUUUGAUCAAUAAGCCACUGGCCCUUGCAUGUGAAGCAUGCCAAAUGCCUAGAACCAAGAAAGAUGAACCGAGUAUUAGUAACUGGUCGUGUAAAUUCUGUACCCUGAUGAACAAAAGCAAUUUAGAAAAAUGUUCAGCUUGUGGAGAACCAAGGAAGUCAUAUGGCCCUCCUCCUAGCAGUGUCACACCUCCUGAAGCUCCUGCAUUUGAAACAUUCCAAACGCCAAGAAGCAAGAGAGAUGAUCCGAGUACCAGUAACUGGUCGUGUAAAUUCUGUACCCUGAUCAACAACAGCAAUUUAGAAAAAUGUUCAGCAUGUGGAGAACCAAAGAAUUCAUAUGUCCGUCCUCCUGGCGGUUACACACCUCCUGAAGCUCCUGCAUUUGAAACAUUUCAAACGCCAAGAAGCAAGAAAGAUGAUCCGAGUAUCAGUAAUUGGUCAUGUAAAUUCUGUACCCUAAUCAACAACAGCAGUCUAGAAAAUUGUUCAGCUUGUGGAGAACAGAGGUAUUCAUAUGGCCCUCCUGCUAGCAGUUACACACCUCCUACAGCUCCUGCAAUUGAAACAUUACAUAUGCCAAGAGGCCCGAGAAGGGAAGACGGUCCUCGUGUCAGUAACUGGUCAUGUAAACUCUGUACCCUGAUCAAUGACAGCAAUCUCAAGAGAUGCUCAGCUUGUGGAGAACAGAGAUAAUCAUAAGCCCCUCCUGGUAACGGUUGCACACCGGAUGUUGUUACUUAAUUCUGGCAGGAAAGUUAUACAUACAGAAAACUAGAAAAGUAUUCUUUGUACAAAAUCAAUUUGUAACACUACAAUUAUCCAGGUAUUAUUUUACCACUGGUCUGUAAAUUUCAUAAUCAAUAGCAGCUAGUUUUGAGUGCUGAAAUUAUGAUGUAUACACUGAUAAGAGUUUAUAGCUUAUCUAAAAUAUCUAA